UACGGGAUCAUCACGACAGUAGGUGUGGACUUACGGCACUGUUGCGUCACACGCAUCGCUCAGUAGAAGAGCUUCCUACGGCUGCAGAUGUGAAGCUCAGGAUUAACCGACAGCAUACCGGACUGAUGGAAAACACAGGACGUCAUGAAAGAGGUUGACAGUGCGAGGGUUGAGAAAGAGGAACAAUGGGUUGUCAGUGAGAAUACUGAAGAGGAGGCUCCGAUGAGGCGUAGUUUCUCGGUUGAGGACCUCCUUGAUGAGGUGGAGAAGAUCUGCUACGAUGCCUCGGGGACGUCAAAGGUGGAGAUGGUGGUGAGGCUGUGGAAGGACGGCUUCACUGUGAAUGACGAGGACUUCCGAAGCUACUCGGUCCCAGAGAAUCAGGAUUUCCUGGAUGCCAUAAAAAGAGGGGAGCUUCCGGCGGAGUGGGAGAGCAGAGCAGAAGAGGAGGAGCUGGAGAUCAGUGUGGAGGACCUGACGGAGGAAAAUUAUGUUCCCAGAAAGAAGACCUUCCACCCCUUCAGUGGCCGAGGAUACCGACUUGGCAGCGUUGCGCCCAGGGUAGUGGCCAGGUCGCCAUCUGUGCACGAGGAUGGAGAAUCUCCUCCUAUUCCCAUGGUAACACUAGACCACGCCCUUCCCGUCACCUCCCUGCAGAUCUGGUUGGCGGACGGCAGGAGACUGGUGCAGAGGUUUAACCUAUCGCAUCGGAUCACCGAUGUUCAGGAUUUCGUGUCACGCUGCCAGAGGAGCUGUCCGCCUUUUGUGCUGACGACCUCGCUCCCUUGCCGAGAGCUCAGCGACAAAGAUUUAAGCCUCGAGGAGGCGGAUCUGGCCAACGCCGUCAUCGUCCAGAGACCCCUGAACACACAGGCUGCUUUUGGACACUCCUGACUAACAGGGCCACACAAUGCACGCAGCAUGUCACAUAUCACCCCCCGCCACAGAGGAAUCUCACUCAAUGCCUCCUACAACGUAUUAACCUUUCUCUCUCUCUUCUGCAGUUUGUGCUGCAUUCGGUCAUCGUCAUUUCAAUCUCUUUCUCUCUAUGUCUCCACGCGAGAUUAGCCACAGGUUAAAACAUAACCCAUACUUCUGUGUCGAAUCUAUGCCUUAGCCUGAUCUGUACAGCCGCAGAAAUUUUGCAUGGACACAAACCACAACAACUGUGACUGGUCCGAAAUGCGCUUCCUAUUCCGUAGCUAGACAAGCGCAGGAAAUUCAUCCCGUCUCUGCCUCGGUGAGUUCAGUGGCUGUACAAAUCUACUCCGACGUCUUCUCUCUUUUACAUAAAGUAUUUAAGAUUUAUCAGCUGCAACUCCAGUAUGGUACACUCUGUUCAACUCACUGUUGUUUCAAAUACAUGAAGUAUCUGAAGCAAAUCUGGCACAGAAAUCACACUGCCAACUAGUGCUUUGGUGGUAUCAUUACAAGUUUAAUGGUGGUAUUGUUACAAAAGCUUACUUCAGUGACAAACACUGAUUUGUUUUUCUCUGUAAUUCAUACGAUUGUCAUUGGGUGGCCCCUGUUUGAGUUGGAGCUAAUAAAUGUCGAUCAGCUGUUAGUUUCACUGAAAUCACUGCAGCCUAAGAGAGAAGACGUCUGAGUAGACGGUUUGUGCUAACAUUGAUCUGACUGAGGCAAAGCAGGAGGAAUUGUCUGUGCUCGCGCAGCCACACGGAAGAGGAAAUGUAUUUCAGACCAAUCAAUGUUGUUGCAGUCUGUGCCGCCACGAGAUGCACACCGGGCUGCAGCCUGUUCCUGCAGGGCAGAUCCAACACAGAACCAUGGAUGUGGCUUUAGACACUAUGAUGCUCCCGAGGUGCUGGUGUCAGUGUUUACUUUAAACGUGUUCCCGCUGCAAGAACUCGAGGAAGGCAUGAGGUGACACAGUUGUUUACAAAAACGGGCCUGAUUUAUAUGCCCUUUCAGUCUCCGUUUCCAUUGUUUUGUAGAAGAAAUUUGGAACAAACAUGACCACAGCGUCAGUUCUGCAUGUGCCAAAACAACAAGUUUGAUCAUCAGCACUGAGCCGCUCUCCAUUAGUUUCCCAGGCUGCCCUGCGACGGCCCACGUGUUCCUGCAGCGGAAGCGUAUUUACAUGCCGUCAGAUCUCCCCAAGACUGUGGAAAAAUUAUAAAAGCGAACCCACGUUGUCAUGCAGAUGUUCAAACGUGUGCUCAUCUGCCGCAUGUAACUCCGCCUCCUUUACCCACUAUAUCAUCACCGCCAGCCAAGCUCUGAAGUCUUCCCAAAGUUCUUCUGCACUAUUUACAAUAUAUUAAAAAUGGGCUUAAAAUUUUAAGUUUACAAUGAUAAAUAACGGACAUGUGAUGUCUUGUUUACACAUUACUGUGACAUAAAGGCUAAAAAAAAAAGUUAUUUAUGGCCCAGCUGUUUGGGUCGAUCAGUCUUAUUAUCUUAGAGAACCAAUUUUGUUUUGGGGGGUAUUGUUUUAUUAGUUUGAAUCAUUGAAUGACAUAUCACUGAUCAAGGUACGAUAUUAUAAUAAUGAUAAUAAAAAAAUGUUCCUUGAA